ACUAAACCAUGCAACCCUCCUGCAGAACUAAUCUUUUAGACACUCUGAUCUUGUACUCCAGUUUCCAGAUACACCCUGAAUUGAUUACGAUGACGACGACGAUGCCUAAGGUGACUUCGGUUGUUAUGGCAGCCGUGGUAGGCCUGGCGAUGGUGUCUCUGGUCGCUGGCAUCUCUGGCACUGCGACUUUCUACACGCCUCCUUACACGCCAUCGGCGUGCUUCGGGUUCCAGGAGCAGGGGACGAUGAUCGCGGCGGCGAGCGACGUGUUCUGGAACGGCGGGGCGGCGUGCGGGAAGCGGUACGUGGUGACGUGCACGGGCGCCACCAACCAGGGGGUGCCGCGGCCGUGCACCGGCCGGAGCGUCACCGUGAAGAUCGUCGACCACUGCCCCUCCGGCUGCCAGGGCACCAUCGACCUCUCCCAGGAGGCCUUCGCCAUCAUCGCCAACCCCGACGCCGGCAAGAUCAAGAUCGACUACCGCCAGGUGUAAGGUGAAGACAAUACAUGCAUAUCUACGGAGUAUAUAGUCAAUAAAGUGCAGUGCUUCUCCAAACGAGACAGGAAGCGAACGUGUGUGUUCAGUGUUCCAGCUGAAUUCCGGUUGGUGCCAAUAAAACAGAUUGUAUGAGAGAGCGAAAAGAAGAAACAUAAUAAUAUAGUAUAUAUGAACGAAUU